CUCUUUAAGUGAGUUAAUCGUACACGCCCAGAUACUAGUACAAUAUCCAAGUUAUCCUCAGUUCCGCUCUCUAGUUUUCAUUUCAUAGGAAUGUCACCUAUACCUUUGGGUGCGAACUUGUCUCUUUCUUAGUAAUAAUAUCCUAUCACAUGAAUUUAUACACCCAUUUGAAAAUAUUAUGUAUGAAAAGAGGAACGAGUGUCCCGCCUAAAUGUGUAUCUUAAUCUGAUGUUAUCAGUUAUGUAUUGUGACACCAUGGCGCUUAAGACGUUCCCGUUUCAGUUCGAUCCCAGAUUAGCCAUCAACUCACAGCUGAUGUAUUCACCGUGUCCAUGGACCCCCUCGUACCACUGUCCACCAACGUUAUCUGUACCAUCAACGACCUGCCAUGCAGCUCUCCUACCAAAUACUUUAACUCGACAUCCUCAAACAUGGACCAAAGAAGAUGUCCGAGUUUGGCUCAAUUGGUGUGCUCAAGAAUACGCCAUAGAACCCGUUUCUCCUGAUAAAUUCGACAUGAACGGGAAAGCACUGUGUCUGUUAAACCGUAAAGAUAUGAUGGACCGGGAUCCCCAGUCUGGUGACAUCUUAUUCAAUGCCUUACAACAAAUAAUUACUAAAUCCGAAGUGCCUUUACCUUUUCCAUUUACCCCAUAUCCACUACGCCUGCCCGCUGGAACAAAUUUUCCAGUACCUCCAGUUAGUCCGUCACCAGAUUUUAGUCAAAGUGGAUUAUUAGUAUUAUCUGGUAAUACGACGCAGACGACAUUUUCAACCCCAAGAUCGACGCCAUCUUUUAUACCUAUCUUACCCCAACCUUCCCACCAGCAUCAGCCUUCGCCUUGUCAGGCUCAACAAGAACCAAUCUCAGCAGUCGUUACAUCCGUACCAGGUAAGGGUGUAUUAAGUCCAGCGCCGACCAGUACAGAUACCGACAGUGCCCCUUCAGAUGGUGAUUCUAAUAUAGACGAAAUGGAUCUUCAAGAAUCUGAUGUAAGACGAGUUGAUUUAGAAAGUAACAGUAAUUAUUAUGAUGAGGCCUUCAGAUUAAAAUGUGUGGCGACAUUAAAGAAGGCAGAACCAGAUUGUCGCUUACUUUGGGAAUUCAUUCAUCAGCUUUUAACAGACGCUAAAUACAAACAUUUAGUUUGCUGGGAAAACGUCAGUGACUUGGUUUUCCGUAUCGUCAAUCCGACAGGUUUAGCCGAACUCUGGGGACAUCAGAAGAAUCGUACGAAUAUGACAUACGAGAAACUAUCCCGUGCUUUACGAUACUAUUAUAAAAUGAACAUCAUUCGUAAAGUUCCCGGCAAGCGAUUAACUUACAAAUUUUUGCAACAUCCAAGCACCAUCCGUAAAGGACAACGGGGUGCUAGACCUCAUGCUAAGACGAAUCUCAUGUUACAAAACGGCAUCAAUGAACCAAAAUCGGAGCCAUCGUUAGACGUCGGUCUACCAAGAUUAGCCAUCAGUGAUCAGCAGUCACAUGACCACAUACCGUCACCAAGUCAUAUGCCCAGUCAAAGUAGACGGUUAAGUCCUGCCACAUUAACAUUACCAGAUAGGCAUUCCGAAAUGAUGCCACCGCCGACACUAUUUAGAUAUAACGAGACACAUUCAAAUAUCCAUUUCGUCAAAGGUGAAAUUCCAAUUCAGGACGAACCCGAAGACUUAUCGUUUAAGAGAGAGUCGCGUAACGUCAUUGAUAAUGUAGACAGAUCUCAAGGACACAUGUGUCAAACAAACUUUCAACAAGAAGAUGGCGGUAUGUCGGAAGACAACUCGAGUCGUGAACGAGAAAUUGGUAUUAAAAUAGAAGUUACUGCUUGAUAUUCGGACUGCUGGGCGCCUUUAUCUGUGAACUAGCAUGUGAAAAAUAACUGAAGCUUCAGCGCAUACGAUGCAUGACCAUGUUACUCGGCUAUUGUGUCUCGAAUGACAAUUUUACAGCAUUUUUUGAGAAGAGAUGUCAAAGAGGCACUCUUUAAAAAGAUAGUAAUUUUUAUGGGGAGAUAACUCUCGUGUGGGCUGUGCUUUAAUAUAUAACCUUUCAUAAAGGUAUCGAUGAUUGAUGUAAGUACGCAUUCCAUGUCCUUCUAUAAGCAAAGGAUUCCUCGCCUUUUAAUUAUGUGAUAUAAUAGAUCAUACAAUUCAAAGCAAGGGUGUGCCUGUGUAAACAGAUUGUUGUCGUACUUGGAGGCCUGUGUUGUGUGUUUGGGCCAUAUUAUGUUGUCAUUAUUUGUUUAUCAUAAUAUUAUAUAUAUAUAUAGCCUAUAUAAUGUUAAAGGUUGUUGUUAAGCUAUUUACUGGGAUGUUAUUAAAAUUGUUAUCUUGAAA